AUGCCGAAUACCUCCAAGCCCAAAGCCAACCUCUGGUUAAAGGACACGUCGGGCAAGGAGAUGAUGGUGAACAUCUGGGGCGACCGCUUCGUAAAGAGUCUGGCUAACGCGCACAAAGGUAGCGUCGUUCAGAUCGACAACCUUUCCCUGCUGAAGAAGGAGAACGAUUCCAUCGAAGGCGCCGCGGAACAUUUCAUCGACAACGACAAGCACGGCUUUAGUAUGCUGCACGUGGACCCCAUAGGCGAUCGGGCACGGGAGCUUCGGGAUCUGGAACCCACGCAAGGCGAUCGCAUCUCUGUUCCUUGGUGCCCUUCCUUGAGUGGUGGCGGCAAGCUGACCACUGACUUCGGGCCCUGCUACGUCGCAUGCGCCGCAACUAUGAAUGCAUUCGGCAGCGCAAUGGAGCAGGGAUCAACGCAGGAGAAAGUCGAAGUGGCCCUGCACAACGUCUGGCUCGUCGACAUCGUUGGGGAUCCAGUCUAUACUCCGUGCAAAGUGUGCUCGACGAAGAUCGACCCAACUUCCGGUAAGUGCAAGCGUGCCACCGAUGGAUGUCAGACGGAGCCUGCGGAUGCCCAGCGAGUGCUGGCCACCGUGCACUUGGCGGACUGGACGGGGCAGCUCAGCAACGUGCUUGUGGGAGGACCGGAGCUGGCGGCGCUGGCCCGGGUCCGUGACGAAGAGAAGCUGGUUGAGUUGAUCCAGUUGAAAGGCAGUGAGGCAGUCUGCUUCAGGGGGCCGUGCGACGCACGGCUGGGCACGUCGCACCGCCUCGGCCAACCGCGGGGGGGCUCCGCGCAGCAAGCUUCGCAGGCGAGUGUGACCGGCGGACUUGCUGCCCCGACCCAGUUUCAAGUCUUGGCAGCUCGCGCCUGCUUCGGGGAGGAGUACGACGAGGACCGGCGUCAGAUGGUGAAAAAGGUCACCCGUCUUGCGACCGAGAAGCGAGAUGGUGCUGUGCUGCCAGUCCAGUGUCCGAUUGCCGAUUUGAUGUGCUCAGACAUGGGCACCUUCUUCAAGUUAGGCGGUGUCUUCGCAAACUACGUGACCGUUGUGGCCUUUGCCGAGGACGAGCCCACCGUGGAGGAGGUGUUCAAGGACGAGGAGAAGCACCUGUUGACGAAGCACAAGGAGGUGUACUCGCACACGCUCGAGCGUGUAGGAGACAGAAAGGCAUUCGGGAUCGAGGCUUUUUGUCAAUUCACAAAUUGCUUCCUCUUCAACAUGGCAGACGGCCUUCCGCGCUUGAUCUUGGGCCGUGUGAUCAAGAAUGCUGCAACCCAGGAGGUGGUUUUGCAGGUGGAAUGGAUGUCGAAAGUGACACCUGAGCAGAUCAAGACAUUCUCGAGGGAGCGUGAGAUGGUCUGGAACCUCCUCAAGGGCGGACCGGCGUUGCAAAGCAACAAACGACCUGCCAGCAGCCUCGUGCAGGAGACGCCAUCGAAAGUGAAGUGCAGCGCUUGGGAAAUGAACUGA